AUGGGAAAGCAAAAUAGCAAACUGCGCCCAGAGAUGCUACAGGACCUAAGAGAAAAUACGGAGUUCUCCGAUCUGGAGCUGCAGGAGUGGUACAAAGGUUUCCUGAAAGACUGCCCCACUGGCAUCCUCAACGUGGAAGAGUUCAAGAAGAUCUAUGCCAAUUUCUUUCCCUAUGGAGAUGCCUCCAAGUUUGCUGAGCAUGUCUUCCGCACCUUUGACACCAAUGGGGACGGCACCAUCGACUUUCGGGAGUUCAUCAUCGCUCUGAGUGUCACCUCUCGAGGGAAACUGGAGCAGAAGCUCAUGUGGGCUUUCAGCAUGUAUGACCUGGAUGGCAAUGGCUACAUCAGCCGGGAAGAGAUGCUGGAGAUUGUCCAGGCUAUCUACAAGAUGGUGUCUUCUGUGAUGAAGAUGCCAGAGGAUGAAUCGACUCCUGAGAAGCGAACUGAGAAAAUCUUUCGUCAGAUGGAUACAAACAAUGAUGGGAAGCUGUCCCUGGAGGAGUUCAUCAGAGGAGCCAAGAGCGACCCAUCCAUUGUCCGGCUGCUUCAGUGUGACCCCAGCAGCACCUCCCAGUUUUGAGCCUGGGGUCUCCUGGGGGAUGGGGAAAAGGAAGGGUAGAGGGCCAGGCUGGGACCCUGCCUUACCCUGUCUUCAAUUCCUAUCUCCCACAUCUUCCCCUUCCCAUGUCUUUGUGUCCAGACUGGAUUUUGGGAAAGCCCGGGUUAGGGUGGGGCCUAAGCUGUCCCCUGCUCCUACCCCAGAUUCCUGGGUCCCCAUCUCCAUAUAGCAGGGGUAGAGUUUCCUCCUUCCUCAGCCUCUGACUAGGGCUCAGCCCAAGCACCCUGGGGUGGUUGGAUAUAGGAAGGGCAGGAGCUGGGCAUGUGGACAUACUUGCAAUGGGGAAGAUAGUGUAUCCCUAUGCAUCCAGGAGCUUCCCCCUCCCCCCCACCCAGGUCCUCCCCUCAAAGUCCAAGGACAGCUAGAUGCCUGAUACCCAAGGGAUCCUCCCUAUCCAUGAGGUUUCUCAGCCAAGGGGACUCGAUGGCCCCAUCCACGGCCAAGAGCAGGACGCCUCCCACUCUAUAUCAGGCCUAGCCAGCUGUAUAACUCGAGAGAGGUGGGGGGUGGUAGUGAGGAGGGAGGCUGGGGCAGCUGCCUGUGGAGGGGGCUGGAGAUGAUGGAGGAGCUCUGGAGGUGGGGAGGUACCAGUGGCACGUGGCACUGGCAUCAUUCUCUUCCCCCUCCUCCAAGCCCCCUGGAUUCCUAUCCAGGCCUGGGUCUCUCCUGCUUCAGUUUGGGGGUCUGGGGGGGGGAAGGGGAUUGUGAGGAGCUAAUCAUGAGCCCCCUCCCCCCAGGGGCAGCCCUGCCCUGAGAAUUUUUCCAUAUGUACAUGCACAGAUGUGGGUCUGGGUCUACCCACUCCCUGGCCCUCCCCCAUUCUACCCAGACACCCAGACCUGUCCACUCCCUUCACCAACCCAUCCCUAAAACUGGGUGUCUCAAAACAUUCCCCUCCUCUCCCCUCCUCCCCCAGACCCAGGGGCAGCUUCAGCAGUCCCCGCCCCCUCCUCUGAGCAUGCAUCCACUUGGAAUUACUUUGUUCUUUUUAAUAACUUCAGAAUAAAGUCUUGUCUCUGUGCUGG